UGAGAGGAAAACGACCAUCAGACGACACACACACACAAACACACCAGAAGGAGUGAAAUGAAGCUGACACUGCUGCUGGUGCUGGUGGCGGCUGUGGCAGUCGUGGUGCCCGGCCUGUCCGAGGCCCGCGUCGUCUCCAGAUGUGAGCUGAAGGAAGAACUUGGGAGGGCGAUCGUUCUGCCCAGACAUUUGAAAAUAGUCAAGGAAAGAAUCCUGGAAAUAUUAAUCUGUGAAGUGAACAGAAGAUCCCGUCUGAACACUGACCUGGUCAGAAUCUUCGGUAAACGCAGAACAACAACAGCCAUGCCAACGACAGAACUGACGACCGUGGAGCCAACGACAGAACCGACGUCCUUGGAGCCAGCGACAGAACCGACAGAACCGACAGAACCGACGACCACGGUGUCAAUGACAGAACCAACGACCACUGAGACAUCAACUCUGGAGCCACUCACUGAAGAAACCACAACCACAGAAAUAACCUCUGCUACAACUCCUCCAGAAUCAGCAACCACUGAACCAACAACUUUAAAAUCAACCCUUGAAAUCACCCGAAUCACUCGUGGCUUCAGACAAAAGCGGCAUGUCAAUUCCGUCAGCAGUGAGUCCAAAUCAUCGGAGAUGACCAGCAGCAUGGAGGAACUGCUGGAAGGUGAAGAAAGUGAGGAGUCAGAUGAAGACGAGGGCUACGAGGCGAGUGACGAGAGCGAGGAUGAGGAAAGCGAUGAGCAGGACAGUGAGGUAUCAGAUGAGGAUGAGGAGAGCAAGGAGAGUGGGACCCGUUCAAAGCGAUCGUAUCGUCAAUGGAGGCCCAGAAAGAGGAGACCACGUCUGUCCAAGGGGUUUUACGGACUCUUCCAGCUGGCAGACAGUACCUUCUGUGAUUCAGGUUACCGUAGGACCAGGAACAAGUGCAGAACAGACUGCCUCGCCUUCACCGAUGAUGACAUAACAGAUGACAUCAAGUGCUUCGUGAAGACCGACGCCUGGUACCGUUUGCUGAGGAGAGCUUCUCACACAUGUCACCGCGUUCCUUCCUUCAACUGCCCAUGAGGAGCCGCUGGUGCUUCCUACCCACGAUGUCUUCAUGACUUCAUGUGUUCAUCUCACAUUCUUCUUCUAGUCUUUCAUCACUGGAGCUGACAAUGAUAAUGAACAUCAAAAUUUCAUCAAAUCAAAAUUUGUUGGUGAUAUUUUCCACUAUAAUCCACAAUAAAGAAAAACAAACCCAUGUUA